AUGGCACCCACCCCAGAGGACAUCUCCUUCCAGGAGCGCCAGAAGAUGACGGGUGACUACCGCAAAUUCCUGCAUACAGCAUCUCUGGCCACUGUCUUGAUCGCGCCUGUCCUCAUAAUCCUUCCUCCGAGGAAACUCGACCUCUACACAUUUUCGCUGGCCGGCGCAUUCGCCGUGUCCGCAAACUACCAGACGAAACAACGUACGGGCGCAGGGUUAAUGGGCCAUCUGGGCCGACCAUUUGCCAUGCCCAAGCGUGCUCAGGAGAUCCAAGCGCAACAGAUGGAGCGAAAACGACUUCUCGAAGAGGCCGGCACUCCUGCGGAGAAGAAGAAGGGGUCCUUACUAGAGGAGAAAGCUAGAGAGAUAUGGAUGGGCGGCGAGACUGAGGGGUGGAAAGAGCGCCGUCUGAAAGAGGAACAGGAAAAGCUCGAUCAAGGUGAAGGAUACUGGGAUAUGAUCGUCGACCAGGUAUGGGAAGUGUGGAACUGGGGCGAGAAGAAAGUGGAAGAUCUGAAGGAGAAAGAUGAGGAAGUACUCGAGAGCAGGAAUAAGCCUUGA